AUGGUGAGCUGCGGACCAUUUAGCGAGGAAGGAUUAUUCUUGGGACUAGAUAAAUUUGAGCUUACAGGGACGAGGAUUCACGUGUUUAAGUACGAGGUUAGGAGUGGGAAUUUGGUGCCUGAUUUCAUGGAAAAAGGGUUGGUAUCAAUGAAGGUAAAUUCGGGAUUGUCGGCCGAUGCAGAGGAACCCGAAAGGGCAGGGGCCGCAGUAACAGAACUGGUGGAGUUUACAAAGAAGAAUGUGCCUAGGGAGGGUCAGGGAGAGGCUGAGAUUCGAUAUUUCCAAUUAUUAACAUCUAAUUCUUCAAUUGCUCAAGGCUCUGAUGAAGGUUUAUAUGCUUGGGUUGUCUCAAAUUAUGCUCUUGGAACACUUGGAGGUGAUCCUGCAAAAACAACUGGGAUUAUUGAACUUGGUGGUGCUUCGGCUCAGAUUACCUUUUUCUCAAACGAGCCAAUGCCUCUGAGUACUCUCGAACAGUUAAAUUUGUUUGGACAGAAUGUCGCACUUGAAUUACUGAAGGAAUCUCUUGUUUCGAGAGGCCAAGAGACGGGUGUUCACUGA